AUGACGGGUGGGCUAGUCCAUCAGCGACCUACCCAGCCAGCCCCAGGCGAUGAUGCCUACCUGCCUUGCCUAGGCACCUACCUGGAUACCUACAUGGUCAGGAAGCAAUCAGCCCCACCCAAGCAAACAUCCUCGGCAGCCAAACUCUUGCUGCAGACCAGAAAAGCGGAAGCGGACGAUCACAAGGCAGGCAAGUUCCCGUGGAUCGACAACGUCCCGUUGAGCGACUGCCUGGGCGAUUUCGGAAGCUGGUACUACAUUACGACAAGACGAUCUGAAGCGCCAUGCGACUACAUCGACCUUGUUCCUCUUGAAAACACGGCACCACCACCACCACCUCCUCCACCUCCUCAUCCUCCUCCUCCGCCAGCCACAGCCAUGCCCUCCAAUAACUUCAUCCACGCGGGCGGCGUCGGCGGCGGCGUCGUGCCCCAGCUAGAUGCCCCUCACUCCGCCAGCAACGCAGGCGACCGCCGAGUGACGAUCCGAUGCAUGCAGUCCUCCAUCAGCCUGCCCGUCACGCCUGAUACCUCGCCCGUGGACCUUUUAUUCUCCGCCGCCAAUCUCAUGAGCCACAACAUCGACCCUCCAUCGAGCAUCGUCGUCGAGUGCUACUUCUCCUUCGGUCUCGAGCGUCCGCUGCGGCGCUACGAGCGCAUCCGAGACAUCCUCAACUCGUGGGAGCGCGACGUCCAACACUCGCUUCUCAUCAUCCCGGGCGGCGCCGCAGACAUCAGCUCGGACCUGAGCAUCGAGCCUGUGCCGCGCUCGCACGAUGCGCCGCCCGGCUUCAUCAACUUCCCCAUGCACCUGUCGCACAGGCCCGGCCGCUGGAACAAGCGCCUCAUCACCCUGCUCGAGACGGGCCAGGUCUACUCGCACAAGAAGCCCGACGCCAAGCUGUCCGACAAGGACAGCACCGCCCUCUGCAACCUCUCCGAUUUCGACGUCUACCAGGUGACCGACCAGGACAUGCUGAAGCGUCUCAAGGUGCCCAAGAAGCACGUGCUCGCCAUCAAGAGCCAGCAGAAAAACAGCGUCUUCCUGAACACGGAGAACUUCAUUCACUUUCUCAGCACCGACGACACGACGGCCGCCCGCAAGCUGCACAAGAGCGUCCAGGAGUGGCGCAGCUGGUAUCUGGUCAACAAAAAGGUCGACCUCGCCAAGAAGGAAAAGGCGCUGCAGACGAACCACGACCGGCUCCACGUGGAAAAGCCGACAGAUAUUGUCAAGAGCGGGCACCACCGCCUGAAGGUGUCCGUGGACGAGACGCCGUACACCAUUGGCAAGUUCGAGCCGCUCCUCGAUAUGAACAGGUUCGAUAAGCCGCUCGAAGAGUUUGGCAAGGACUUUCUGCCAGAAAGGCCCGCCGAGAAGCAGAGGCCACCCGUGCAGAAGGCCACGGCCAGACCCACGACGGCGACGCGGCAGGCGAUCGCCAGCCCUCUGCACUCGCCCCGCGCGCCCGUCUCGCCGCCGCAGCGCAUCGACCCUUUUGCGCGGGAAGACGAGUUCAAGUCGAAUGGGCUGCUGGGCAAGGUAUACGAGGAUCGCAAGCACCACGCCGAGCUGGCCGAGAGGACAUCGGAUGAUUCUCCGGCGGAGGGGCCCUUUACAGGUGGACUCCUGCAGAACCGCUUGCAAGAGGAGAGUCGGUUGCAGGAGCCGAGCCGGCAAGCGAGGUCACUGGACAGGAGCAACACGAAGAGGAGACCGUCUGCGCCCCCGGAACGGAGAUUUCAGCUCGACGCCACCGCCGAGGAGCCGCCCCUCGAGAGCCCGUUCACCGGCGGUCUGCUGCAGACCCGUCUGCAGGAGGAGAGCCGACAGCCCGGUCGCUCGACCGCAGCAACACGCGAAGGCGACGACGGCCUCUGA